CUAAGCAUUUCCGGGCCUGGAGUCUUCCACAAAACUACCAGUAUGAGAAGUCGCACUUCUCCUUCUACUCUUCAUGCUGUCCCAACUUUGUCCCCUGUCUUGCAGCCCGGACGACGUAUGAUCGGGCCAGGUAGAAAUAAGGUAGAAGUCAAGAUACUUUGUCAAGAAGCCAGAGAUAGGAGACCAUUCGUGAUGAAAAAGCUGUUCAAAGGGGCAAAGUGGUAUAUCGAGAUGACAUUCAAAAAUUUCAGCGCGAAUGAAAUGAGGUCUGCUGUAAAAAGACCAGGGCGAAAGAGACUCGCUCUGAGAGAGAAGCAGAUUUCCCCGAAAUGGGAAAAAAAAAAAAAAAAAAAAGAUCCAGACCAUGGCAUAUCAUGCAUUUCACAUGUCGAUCACUUAAGAACCUCCUGUCAUCCUGAGGACGAGCAGACAGUCGCCUUGCGCGUGGACGAUCGCCGGUGGGUAUCUUGCAUCAUUUUCAUAGAAGCGUACUGGAGAGAAUCAUGAUAACAUAACUGUUCAGGAAAAGAAAAAAAAAGGCGCGGAAGACCAAGAAGGGUAAUAUGAACAAAGUUUGAGAAGGAUAAUGAGGGACUGCUGAAGCAG